CGUGGUGGAGCAGGUUUCCCUACGGGUAUGAAGUGGAGCUUUAUGCCACGCAAUAUGCCGGGACAGAAAUACAUUGUGUGUAAUUCGGAUGAGUCGGAGCCGGGCACCUGUAAAGACCGUGAUUUAUUGCGUUUUAAUCCACAUGCUUUAGUGGAAGGUAUGGCGAUAGCGGGUUAUUGCAUCGGCGCAACCGUAGGUUACAACUACAUGCGCGGUGAGUUCUUAGACGAGCCAUUUAUUCGUUUUGAACAAGCGGUAAAAGAAGCCUAUGAGGCGGGUUUUCUCGGAAAAGAUAUUCUUGGUUCUGGUGUUGAUUUUGAACUGCACGGCUCAUUAGGUGCCGGAGCCUAUAUUUGUGGUGAAGAAACAGCGCUGUUGGAGUCUUUAGAAGGCAAAAAAGGUCAGCCACGUUUUAAGCCUCCUUUUCCAGCAAGUUUUGGUUUAUACGGUCGUCCUACCACCAUUAACAAUACCGAAACUCUUUCCUCUAUCCCCGUGAUUUUGCGUAAUGGUGGUGAAUGGUUUAGGGAUUUAGUGGAAGGUUCGGGCGGUGAAAAAUUAUUUUCCAUGUCGGGGCAUUUGAAUAAUCCGGGUAAUUAUGAAGUGCCGAUGGGGAUUCCGUUUCGUGAACUGCUCGAAAUGGCCGGUGGAGUUCGUAAUGGACACCAGCUGAAAGCCGUGAUUCCCGGUGGUUCUUCGGUUCCGGUGAUGCCUGCCGAUAUCGCGAUGGAAUUGACCAUGGAUUACGACACCAUUGCCAAAGCAGGUUCAUACCUUGGCUCGGGUGCGGUGAUGGUCAUGGAUGAGACCACCGAUAUGGUCAAGUUGCUACACCGAAUCUCGCGUUUCUAUUUUUCUGAGUCGUGCGGACAAUGUACCCCUUGUCGUGAAGGCACGGGUUGGUUGUACCGCAUGCUGACACGGAUUGUAGAAGGUAAAGGCACCUUGGAAGACAUCGAUCGCUUAGAUGAUGUGGCGCAUAAAAUAGAAGGUCGCACUAUCUGUGCGUUAGGUGAAGCGGCGGCGAUGCCCGUAUGGAGUUUUAUACAGCACUUUAGAGAAGAAUUUGUGUAUUACGUUGAGCAUGGUUGCUCGAUGGUGAAAUCUAAAUAA